UUUUUAUAUGAGGGUGAGAAAUGCAAAUAAGUGAAAAUAUUGGUAUGAUAUUCAUAAGGAUCAAGCAGUAACAUGGCGAAUUUAAAAAUAAUAAUAAUAAUCUGAUACAGUAUUGGAAGUUAACAAAAAAGUGAGGUUUUUGAAAAUGAUAUAGAAAUUAUUAUAAUAUUUCUGAGGCUGAAUCGUUCGAGGCAAAUGCUGUGAAAACUGCAUUUACGGUGCCGCCCUGUCCUUGAAUGGAGUAAUACCGUAAUGGCGCCAAUAGACGCGCCCGCAGCAAAUUGCGUCCUCGGCGUCCACUUGACGGUAAAGGCUUGGCGCGGACCCGCAGUGUCCACGGACACGAUCAGGUGAUCCGAGAAGGAGCCGCGAGCGAGCCCACCGCAGGAGGGGAGAGACGCGCACACAUCCACCCGGGGGGGGGCCUCGAAGGCAACGAUGUCAUGUAGCGAAUGUCGGCGCCCACCCGGUGCUGCUCAUUUCCGCCUCGACGCUGGAGCGACUUCUUAGCGGCGGACGGACGGACGGAACGACGGACUUCACGGCCGUGCGCGCGCGCGCGUGUGUGUGACGAUGGCUCGUUAGGGCCGCUGGCGCACAUUUUCCCUUUAUGAGCGAUUCCCUUUGCCACAUUAUUCGUUCAGCAUGGGGCUGUGCUACAGUCUGCGGCCGCGGCUCUUCGGCGACCUGAGCGGCUCCAUCUCCAACGCCGCCUCGGACUCCGAGCCGCAUCCGGACGCGGCGACCGCCGCCGCCGUAUCCGCGCCGACCCGCGCCCAGGGGGCUCGCACCGCGGAGGACCGAGGAGGAUGCGAACCGCCCCGGGAGCGCGUCUCGGCAGGGGACGGCGUACUCAUCCAGAACGGAGGAGGCGGCGGCGGCGGCGGCAAGGGGACGUCGUCGUCGUCGUCGUCGUCCGCCGCCGCGACUCCCGCGGCCAAAGAGCGAGGCGGACGCCGCCUGCAGCUGCCGCUCAAAAGCAACAAUAGCGGCCACAAGCAGAAAAACUGGGACAAGCUCCUCAUGGAGGAGAAGGAGGCCGAGAAGGAGGCGAGGAAAGUCAGCAAGAGCAUCGACCGGGCCCUCAAGGAGCUCAAGCGGGAAUACAAGCAGACGCACCGGCUGCUGCUGCUCGGUGCCGGGGAGUCCGGAAAGAGCACCAUAGUGAAGCAGAUGAAGAUUCUCCACGUCAACGGCUUCAACGCAGAGGAAAAGAAACAGAAAAUCCAGGACAUCCGGAAAAACGUCAAGGAUGCCAUAGUGACGAUAGUGUCGGCGAUGAGCACUUUAAUACCCCCUGUCCCGCUAGCCAACCCAGAGGACCAAUUCAGGAUCGAUUCCAUCAAGAGCAUAGCACCUCUGUCUGACUUUGACUACUCACAGGAGUUUUUUGACCAUGCAAAGAAGCUGUGGGACGAUGAAGGGGUAAAGGCGUGCUUCGAGAGGUCCAACGAGUACCAGCUGAUCGACUGCGCACAAUAUUUCCUUGACAGAAUCGACUCGGUAAGACAAAGCGACUACACGCCAACAGACCAGGACCUGCUACGCUGCCGAGUGCUAACUUCAGGGAUUUUCGAGACGAGAUUCCAAGUAGACAAAGUCAACUUUCACAUGUUUGAUGUUGGCGGCCAACGGGACGAGAGGAGAAAAUGGAUCCAGUGCUUUAACGAUGUCACGGCCAUCAUCUUCGUGGUGGCGAGCAGCAGCUACAACAUGGUAAUAAGGGAAGACAACAACACCAACCGGCUACGAGAAGCGCUCGACCUCUUCCGCAGUAUUUGGAACAACAGGUGGUUACGCACCAUCUCGGUCAUCCUGUUCCUCAACAAGCAGGACAUGCUCGCCGAGAAGGUACUAGCCGGCAAAUCCAGAAUUGAAGACUACUUCCCCGAAUACGCUCGCUACACCAUACCAAAUGAAGCAACCCCUGAGCCCGGCGAGGACCCGAGAGUGACGAGAGCAAAAUUCUUCAUCAGAGACGAGUUUCUUCGGAUCAGCACGGCGAGCGGCGACGGCCGCCAUUACUGCUACCCGCACUUCACCUGCGCCGUGGACACGGAGAACAUCCGACGGGUGUUCAACGACUGCCGGGACAUCAUCCAGAGAAUGCACCUGCGGCAGUACGAACUCUUGUGAUGAGAUCUCCCGCCUCCUCCCGAGGACCAUCAAGUACUACUGAAGUGUGUCAAAUCCUCCUCCGCUCUUUUUUUUUUUUCCCUUUUUUUUUUCCAUUCACUUUUUUGGAUUCCUCUGCGACGAGAAGAUUCAAUUGAUUCCUUUGAUGUUUUUUCCUCUUUUUUUUUAUGUUAUUUUUUAAUUUUAUCAUUCCACUAAGCUUCAGGCUACCUCCUUUUCUUUACCCCCCCUCCCUCUCUGUUUUUUUUUUCGGAUACAUGAAGACACCUACAGCACCUCAGUGAAGAGCGUGCGAUGAGCGCGUGAGCGCCCUCCUCCAAGAGAAUGAAGAGAUAAAUGCACGUUUGCUUCAGGUCACCCCCCCCCCCCUCACAACGAUGAUUUGGAUUAUUCUCCCCCAAGAGGAUCACACAAUGUAGCAUCAAUGCGAUAUUUAUUAACCCCGUCACCACUUUUCUUUUUUUUGGGGGGGGGGGGUGGAUUUAAAACAAAAAAAAAAACGCUUUGCGGACCGAGAUAAAAGAGAGAGACGGGGCGCACGAUGAUUAAAUAGUAUGGCAAGCCGGAAGGAUUUUUCCCCCCAAAAAGGAGCUACUGCUGCUGCUGCUGCGUGCACUUUAGCCCCGCCGCCUCCACAGACUCGGACCCCCGACCCACCACACACACACACACACAUGCACAUACACACUAUCCUUUUACCUGCGGGAAGGGGAGACAAAUGUGUAUUAUUAUUAUUUUUUUUUCUUUUUCUUUUUUUCUUGUACACUGUGCAAGGUGGAAUUCUCCUGUACAGACUGUAAAGUGUAAUAUUAUUUUGUACAAGUUCAAUUGAAAAGAAAAACAAAUCUACUUGUAGAUCUUUGUGCCUUGAUUAUGGCUGUACCUGUAAAAAAAAAAAAAACUACAACAAAAACAAAAUGAGCUCAGAUGUAAGUAAUGUUUUUUCGACCGCGCUGUACAGCUUGAUGUCAAAAACGUUUUUUUUUUUUUUUGUCGGCAGCAAAACACGGAGACUGCACGAAAUGGGGCGAGGGAAACUUUCUCUGUAGAGUUUAGGUUUUUUUUUCUGGUUUAUAAAAAAAAAUCUAAAUAAACUGCUGUUUAUUUAAAAAAAAAGAACUAAAAACAAACUAGGGAAAGUAUCCUAAAAAUAUACAUUAUGCAAAUUAACCACUUACCUGCAGUGAGGACCACAUGUUGCAGCACCAUUGCCUUUUUUUUUUUUUUUUUUUGGGGAGGGAUUUUUAUUCUGCCCUCUUUGUUUAAAUUAUUGUUUUUAUUUUACUUUAACAGCUUUAAAACACAACAUUGGAAAUCCUUUGAAAGUGUCCAAAUUGCAACCUGGUGUUGUUUUCAUAGGAACCAACUUUUUUUUUUGUUCUCUCUCUCUCUCUCUCUCUCUCUCUCUCUCUAAGUGCGUGCGAGAUCCUGUGUACAUAGACUCACACAUGCAUUAUGUGUGUGCGUGUGCGUGUAUGAAUGCAGGAAAAAAUAAUUUUAUAAAUGUAUGUACAUGUAAAUUUAUAAGUCUAUAUAAAUAUAUAUGUACAAUUAUACAUGUUUAAUUAUGUGUGUGCCUAGGUGUACAUACCUAUGUAUGUAUACGCUAAAUAUGUCUACAUACACACAUAGGAAAGCAUGUCUAGAAUGGAGCUGAAUAAAUGAGGGUGUGCAAUAUUGGUCAUGUUUGGGGGUGGGGGGGGGGGGUCCUAUGGGAGCCAUAUGCGAUACAGGCACAGGCACUAUGAAUGUGUGAGCAGCACCCAACAAGACGAGCUCUUCUUGUACAAAAAAAAUAAUAAAUUUAGCAUCAGCCUUUUCUUCUGCUACACGACACACGCCUUCUCCCCCCGCCCCUCCACACACACACACACACACACACACACAGUCGACUUGGACUGCAGGGGCCGACGCCUCACUCGAGCCCGGGGAGGAUGAUGAAAUGACAUUUUUAUUU